UUGAAAAUAACUGGAAACAUUUUCAUUGAAUAAUAUUUUUCAUUCUUUGUUCCUAUUUUUUCAAUUUUUAAUAAUAACCACGAGAUAUUCCUCGUGUUCAUGUUUGCAUAAAUAUUGAUUUUAGAUUAAUGAAAACCCAAACGAUAGACAAGUUGAUUUCUAAUGUAUCAUGUUCCAAAUGCAAUUAUUAUUGAUGAUAUAUUUUAAUAUUCCCUCCCCCAACGAGAAACAUUGAAUAGGCGUACCAUCCUGAAUGUCACUGGCAUAUUUGAUGCGUCGAGUGUUGAAGGGAUCACGAAAAAAAACUUAUUUUCUAUAAACAACUAGAGAACAAUCUCCACCAUCGGCUCAUUCACUCGAAAUUUCCCUAAUUUCCGAAGUAUGUUUUUCCAGUUGAUUCUCACCCUAUUUAUUUUGCUCAGCAUUGAGGGGACAGGAGGGAUGGGGUCAUGCAAUGUCUCCAGUCUGGCCACGCAUGGAGUGACGAGUGGGCCAAAGUUUUAAGCUCGGUUUAACCCUGGCCCCAAGAAUAAAUAUUCACUGGUGGCUGGGAAAUUAAGCCUUCAAACGAUUCGCCUAUUCAAGGGGGCCUUGGAAACCUUCACAUAUGAAUUAUCCGUCACUUCCUCGUCCAUAGUUCAUCUCGAGAAUUAUUUAAAGAAUCGUGAAGAAAUUCAACUGAGUAGUUGCAUUCAGAAAUGGACAUUCAACAGAGUGUUCUUCAUGAACGAUUGGCUCAGAGCCAUGGAAGUGCUCGAAUAUAGCCCACAACCCCUGGCAUUCACGAAAUAACUGCAACAGCAAACACGUACGGUCUUCAAGUGCCUUGCCCCGGGGCGUGUUUUCGUUGACACUAGGUGUGCACAGCGCCAGAUGCUAUUACCCUGAGGAUUUCCAUCGUCGAUAACUCCACACGAAAAAAAAAGUUGGGGAAAAAUUACCAAACAGAACAAGUAAUGGGGAUUUCCACUAUUUUUGCACCUCAAAUAACCGAAAAUGUGGGAGAUUGAGAGUGAAUUUUACUCUGAAAUUUACCUCAAUCAACAAUUUAAAACUCAAAGACGAUAAAUGUCCGGGUUAUAAUCGCAUUUACUCUUCCAUUUGCUCAUGAAAACUAAUUUUUUGAUAACAACUUUGCAUCAAUUUAUUGAGCAAAUAAUUUGAUACUUGAAUAAUGAAAAAUAAUGAUUGAAUCACCACGGGCUAUCUCUCGUCAAAGGGAAAAAUGAAUUCGUUUGCAUUUCAAACAACUUAGCGCCAAAUUCACGAAUUAACUGUCACGGUGUUUACCCUGUCAGCCCACAAAUUGUUCCCGAGUAUCUCCUAUCAACAGUACAAACGGAAUUCCGGUGGAUCAUAAGCAGUAUUCCAUGAAUUUUAUAGUCGUUUAUUCUCGCUAAUGGAUCGCCCGAUGUCAUCAUGUAUUCCCAGAGGCAGUACUAUUUUUCACGAUUCGCAAAGUCACAUCCAAUACUCAAACUCGUUAACAUUUAUGACAGACAGUCAUUCGUCAGAGAAUGGAUUUUCGAUAAUAUUUACGUGUGUAUUUUGACAUACAUCGUGUUUUUCGGAGCUCUGUGGUAUGCAAAUAAGGUAAUCAAGCGCAUCGAAGAGUCUAAUGAAAGAAUGCUGGAAGUAGUAGCGGAGAACAGAGAAAAACUCGAUGACGUUAUGGCACUGAAAAAUAAGAGACAGGAGUACGAAGAAGUUGUAAUGAAAGUGAAAGGAGCCCAAAGAAUCACUUCAAAGCACCUCGAGGCCGAGAUUGAAAAAUUGCAGAGUGAGUGCUCGGAAAUGACUGAGAGACUAACUGCAUUGGAGAAACUCCUGGACAAAGUAAAUUACAGAAGUGGAGGAGUCGAACGGUUGGAACCCCUGGGGGAUUCGGGGGGGUUCAAUGCCUCCAGGAAGACGCCCCGGCAUCGUUUGAGGAUGCCAAGGUGCUCGAGCCGUCGUUCCCGCCUCGGUCGCCGCCUAAGAGAAAAUAUGGGCUCUCUGUCAGUAGACAGACGAAGGGACGACUCCAGUAAUGCUUCUGAUGAAAAUUCUUCUUGUGCAUCGAUACAAUAUACCUCAUCUUACAAAUAAUUUUAGAAUUUAGUAAUUUAAAAAAAUUUUGUAGGUCUCUUUGUAACA